AUGGCAGUGGCACAGGCCUUGCAGACCGUCACUGACCGGAAGGGGGCAUUGGCAAUCGGCUUGGCUGGAGCGGGAGCAUCCCUUUUGGCCAUCAGGCUGUUGCUCCGUUCUCGGGUGGACCGCUUUCGUGAAGUGCCAGGCUCAUGGUUCCUUGGUGUACUUCCGGAGCUUGGCCCGGGAGGAAAGUUGAUCACGCAGAAGCUUGAGGAGUGGUCUGAUGCCUAUGGUGAAGAGGGUGUGUUUGAGAUGAACUUGGCUGGAUCCCGGACGGUGGUCUGCUGUAGCUGGGAGCAAGCCCAGCCGAUCCUCUCACGACGUCCUCACAAGAUGCCAAAGAACUGGCGGCUGCAGAACGUGGUGGACAUCAUCGCCGGCUCUUUCUUCUCGGAGGGAGAGCGCUGGAAGCGUGAGAGGCGGGUCCUCUCCCCUGCAUUCAGCCGAAAAAACGUUGAGAGCUACGUCCCAGCCGUGGAGCAUGUCACCCAGCAGCUUCUCAGAGAACUGGGCCGAGAUGUCUCCACGAAGGGAGAGGCAAACUUCUCUGAGCUGCUGCCGCUAUACACUGCGGACGUGAUCUGCAAGACAGCUUUGGGACAGGAGCUGCGGAUGCUGGAGACACGGAGCUCCGACAUUGUCGACGAUGUGAAAGCCUUCUUCCAUGCCCUCCAAUCUCGCAUGUAUGCUCCGCUCCCCUACUGGAAGAUUCCGGGCCUGGCGCGACUCUUCGAUCAUGGUGCAGAGGUCUCAAGGCGCUUCUACAGCCGAUCCGAGCAGAUCAUGCAGAAUGCCAAGAGUGGUGGCCGGAGCAUUGCGGAGAAGCUCAGGGACAUGGAUGGGGACAAGUUCAGCCACGGCGAACUGAUGGACAACCUGACUGUUUUGUUUGUGGCCGGUACUGACACAACCAGCUUAGCCUUGUGCUGGGCGCUGUAUUACUUGUCCCAGGAUCUAGAGCUUCAAGCUGCAGUAGCUGAUGAAGUCAAGUCGUUGCCAGAUGAGGAGCUUUCCUUGGCCGAGGCUGAGUCGCUUCCUUUGGUGCAGGCGGUAUGGCUGGAAACCCUUCGAUGCCAUGGUCCGGGCUCAUUUCUGGACUUUCAGUCCACGGAGGAAGUCACCCUUGCGGGCCGAAAGGUGCCGGCGGGCACGGAGUUCUACGUUGCAAUCAGGAACAUUCUCAAGAAGGACCCUGAAGUCAAGAAGAAGCUCGGGGAUGACUUGCACGACUUCCGUCCGUCCCGUUGGUUGGGACCCGAGGGCAUUGUGAAGCAUCCGCCCUUUGAUACCUUGGCCUUCGGCUAUGGCCCACGUAUCUGCCUUGGCAUGCGGCUGGCCGAGUAUGAGGGUUUGCUGGUCAUCGCCAAAGUGGUGCAGAAGUUUGUGCUUGAAAAGUGGGACAAGCCCCCGCUCGAGGAGACCACAAGCUUCGUCAGCAAUGAGCCUACCACGCCAGUGUCCAUCAAGAUCCGACCAAGGACCUGGUAA